AUGGAUCAACAAUUACAAAAAAAUAAAGCUGAACUACAAAUGGUUCAAGUACAAUUAGAUCGUAAAACAGUGGAUGCUAAACUGAUUGAUAUCACCAAGGAAGAAUUAAAAUCAGGUUCUAAUGAAAAUAGAGUAUGGGAAGGUGUUGGUAAAAUAUUCUUAAGUCAAUCUAUUGAUGAAUAUAAAGAUAGAUUAAAUCAAGAUCAAAAAAAUAUAUUUGAUCAAACAAAAGCAAUGAAGAUUAAAAGAGAUUAUUUAACUACAAGUUUAGAGAAAACCGUUGAUAGUAUGAAUUCAAUCUUGUCAGGUAAACGUCCGGAAUAA